CACAAUGGAUGAAAACUCAGAUGAGCCUCCCACUUCUGCCGUCCUCUUAGACAGCUGCCACUUCUCCCAGGUUGUCUUUAACAACGUGGAGAAGUUUUAUGUUCCCGGAGGAGACAUCAUCUGUUACUACACCCUCACACAGAACAUUGUUCCUCGUGGGAAGGACUGGGUGGGCAUCUUCCGGGUGGGAUGGAAAACAACCCGGGAAUAUUACACGUUCAUGUGGGCUCCUCUUCCCAGUGACAUCCCCAGUGAUACCGCUGUGCAGCAGCAGAUCCAGUUCAAAGCCUACUACCUACCGAAAGAUGAUGAAUACUACCAAUUCUGCUACAUUGACCAGGAGGGCAUGGUCCGGGGAGCCAGCGUGCCUUUCCAGUUCAGAGCAGCAAGUGAGGACGAUAUCCUGGUGGUUACCACACAGGGAGAAGCGGAAGAGAUUGAACUACAGAACAAAAAUUUGCAUGAAGAAAACAAGCAGCUGAAAGCGAGCUGUGCCGCACUCCAGAAACAAAUGGUCGAUCUGCAGGAAGAGCUUAAGAAGAUGCAGGAGUCGCAGAAGAGUUUAGAGUCUCUAAGGAGCAACAUGGAGAAACUAGAGCUGGAGCUGAAUUCCCUGAAAAAGGAAAAUAACCAUCUAAAGGAGCUGGAUGGCUGCAGAGAGGCAGAACUGCACCAACUCAAAGAGGAAGUUCAGAAUGUGACCUCCAAAAAGGAACACCUGGAAACCAAACUGAAAACAGCCCUGGAUCACGUGGACUCCCUGCAGUCUAAAGUGUUGAAUUAUGAGAAGGAGGUGGAAAACCUAUCUUGUACGGACCGUGACAAGACAGAGCAGCUUGAAAGUUUAAAGGAAGAGAAUCGCCAAUUACUCGAGACUAAGCAACAAAACUGUAACUUAAUGAAAGAACUCGAGGAGCAGAGGCGCUUGUGGCAGAUUCUCCAGGCAAAAAAGAGUGCAGCUGAUGAGAAAAACCAGAAACUAAUGGAAGAGAACGAUGGACUCCUGAGGCGUCUCUCACAGGCUAGAGAGGUUUCUUCCUUCUCUGCUUCACAAGCACAAGCUCCAAAACCAGCUCGUGAAGCAGGAGGCCUUCUGUUUGGAAAUCCAUAUAGUGCUGCAGGAGCAAACCUGGAGGCAGGAGCUGCAGAUGUAAGUAAAGCUUCUAUAAGGAAGUGCCCCAUGUGCGAUGAAGUCUUUCCUGAAGAUAUUGAAACAAGUCAGUACGAGGCCCAUGUGCAGAGCCAUCUUCUGGAGUGCCCACUCUGCCGUGAGACCUUCGAAGACUCCAAUAAGCAGGUGUUUGAGGACCAUGUUUUUUGUCAUCACCUGGAGUAA